AUGGCACAACCGCAUAAGUUUGGGCCUGGCUCUGGCCUGAUUUCUGGGUUGCGGGCAGGCCUUGCUAUUCGAUUGACGGCCCAAGGUGUCUACCAUAAACUAACACUGUACCUCGAUCUCUCGCGCCCCAUCGAUCAAAGUGCCGUUGCCUCGUCGUAUGCCUGCCCGGCCCGCCUCCCCGAGUCCGAAACGACCAAAUACACAGUUGGAUAUACAUGUUCGGUGCGGAACACCGAUGACACGAUUGCGCCCUCUACACCUAUCGACCAAGCCUUCGUUACUCUCAAAGCCAAACAUACUCGUCACCGCUACCAUCUACUACGCUCUACGAAAUAUCGCCAGUCGGUCCCAUGA